GACAUUUUUUCGCUGUUUUGUUCCUUUUUUACUUUUUCAGCGUCUGGAGGAGAUCAUGAAGAGAACACGCAAGACAGAUGGAGGUGACAAGAAAGAGACAAAGUCCUCCCCACUUGCACAUGUCAACGACAAACAGGCAGAGAGCAGCAAAGCAUCUGCUGACUAUCAGCCAAAGUCAGAGGUCAACCUGCCCAACAACAAGCCAGAAAACGGACAGACCAAUGUCAUGGAAAGCCACUCAGUCCAAGUGGUUAAUGGGGUCCAGCCUAUGAGACAUGAAAAUGGUCUGUGCACUAAAGAAGAUACUGCCCACAUUGAAGACAUCAUUCAUCUCACAAAUCACGGCAACACCACUAAUGGAGCCCGGGAUAAGUCUGAGACCAGCAUGGCCACUGAGCCGAUCCUCUCUUUUGAAAGUGAGGAGUCAUUCAUGAAGAAGGCAGGCCCCAUGAAACCUCAGCAUGUUGCAGGUACAGUGUGUCAAACUGCUUUACAAGACAAAAGAAAGGCCACAAUACAAACCUUGUAAAGUGAUGAUAAAGAC